AGCGGGAGGUGGGAGGACACGAGUGUCAACUCUUCACCCAGCCACCAGCACCCGGGACCCUGAGCCCACAGCGCACUUGCUCCCACUCGGCCGCGCUCCUGACCCGCAGCCCUCGCCAACCCUACGGAUCCUAGCCACCGCCAGCUUAGGUGGACGUCAGGAUGAAGGCAGCCCGCUUGGUGAUACGCAGCGCCAGCUCGCUGAGCAGCGCCAGCCUGGUCCCCCGGGAGGUCGAGCUGUUCUCCCGCUACAGCCCGUCCCCACUGUCCAUGAAGCAGCUACUGGACUUUGGUUCAGAAAAUGCCUGCGAAAGAACUUCUUUUUCCUUUCUGCGGCAAGAAUUGCCCGUAAGACUAGCCAACAUCCUGAAGGAGAUUGACAUCCUCCCUGACCGGCUAGUGAAUACCCCUUCCGUGCAGCUGGUGAAGAGCUGGUACAUCCAGAGCUUGAUGGAUUUGGUAGAGUUCCAUGAGAAGAGCCCAGAAGACCAAAAAGCUCUAUCAGACUUUGUAGACACGCUGGUCAAAGUUCGAAACAGACAUCACAAUGUGGUCCCUACGAUGGCUCAAGGGAUCCUUGAGUAUAAAGACACCUGCACUGUGGACCCCGUUACCAAUCAAAAUCUUCAGUAUUUUUUGGACCGGUUUUAUAUGAACCGCAUUUCUACUCGGAUGCUCAUGAACCAGCACAUCCUCAUAUUCAGUGACUCAAAGACAGGAAACCCAAGCCACAUUGGAAGUAUCGACCCAAACUGUGAUGUGGUAGCCGUGGUCCAAGAUGCCUUUGAGUGUGCAAAGAUGCUCUGCGAUCAAUAUUAUCUAACAUCGCCAGAACUGAAGCUCACGCAAGUCAAUGGAAAAUUUCCAGGCCAACCAAUCCACAUUGUGUACGUCCCCUCGCACCUUCACCAUAUGCUCUUUGAACUCUUCAAGAAUGCCAUGAGGGCUACGGUUGAGCAUCAAGAAAACAGCCCUUCCCUGACCCCAGUCGAGGCCACUGUCGUCUUGGGCAAAGAAGACCUUACAAUCAAGAUUUCUGACCGAGGAGGCGGUGUUCCUCUGAGGAUUACUGACCGCCUCUUUAGUUACACAUACUCUACUGCCCCAACGCCUGUGAUGGACAAUUCCCGGAAUGCCCCCUUGGCCGGAUUUGGGUAUGGCUUGCCAAUUUCUCGUCUCUACGCCAAGUAUUUUCAAGGAGAUCUAAAUCUCUACUCUAUGUCAGGCUAUGGGACAGACGCUAUCAUCUACUUAAAGGCUUUAUCUUCCGAGUCUGUAGAAAAACUCCCCGUCUUUAACAAGUCAGCCUUCAAACAUUAUCAGAUGAGUUCCGAGGCUGAUGACUGGUGUAUCCCAAGCAGGGAACCAAAGAACCUGGCGAAGGAGAAGCUGGCAGUGUGAAGAAAACAUGCCUGGCACUUUACGGGAUCAAAGUGGGUCUUUGGCAGUGCUGCUUUGAGAAUGUGUGUGGACUCUCGUUUCCGCAAAACAAAGCAAAACGAAACCAAGCAAGCAAAAAAAAAAAAAAUGCUAGAAAAGACACUGAUCCGAUUAGGGACGGAUGGAGCUUGGUUGGGUGACCCGGGAGAAACCAGGACAGGGCACCAGUAGAUAACAGGUGUCCUGCUUCUCCUUUAGCAAUGCAGAAUGACUCAUGUCUAUUCCAACUACCAAAAAGAAGUCUGCCUCUGAAUUACAGCUCAUUCUCAACAAGGACAGAGCUUGAGGUUUGCAGUUUCAGCAGCCAGAUGUUUGAGGGUUCUUGCUGCCAUCCAAAUAUAUUGGUGUUUAGUGAACAUCAGUUAUCGGUGUUUCCCUACCAUGCAAAGAUUGGAGCAUUGGCGGAAAUGUGUGUAAAUGUACAUUUUAUAGGAGUUAGUAUACUCUGGAGAGGACAGGAUGGAAAGAUUCAAAGCAUUUUAUUAAGCUUGUGGCUGAGCACUGUGGCCUGUGUGAAAACUCAGAAGAAAAGGGUCUCUGUCAAGACAGUUCCAGGAUUAUGCAGCUUUUUCUGUUCAGUCUGCAUUCAAAAAGCCAGUGCCUUUUGACUGGUGCCUAGUCUUGGGAGAAAUGUUAAAUAUGCACUGACCUCAGGAAGUUGUGUUUGAAAGAGAGAUGAAAUGCCCAAGCGAUUCAAGGAUUGUGUGUAUGGAGAAACCCACAUUAGAGAAAGAAACCACAUACUUAAAACUUUACUGUGAAUAAAUGGCAGUAAACUUUCUCUAACUAGAAGUAGUGAAAUUUUCAAGGUUAUCUACUUUCUACUCUUAAAAAAGAUGUGCAUCAUUAUGUUUUAAUUAUAUUCUCUACACUCUAACAUUAGCCUAUCUGUUCAAAAAUUUCUACUUGCCAAUUGGCUUGAGAGUGUUAAAACUUAAAUCCUUCUUGGAGUAUUGAGAGUAGUCUGGAAGUAAAAUGGUCUCAAUCAGGAGGAUGUCAUUUGUUAAGCAUGGCGGACAUCAAGAACUAGGGAUGUGCAUGAGGCUUGGGAGGAUGAAGGUAUAAUUGUCAGCGGGAGAUCAUCAACUUAAGAUCACCCUUAGGAAAGAAAGAAAAAUGAGGAAAAAGGGAAGGAUGGAGAGAGGGAAGGAAGGAAGCAGAAAGCAGGCAUCUUCCUAUUUCCCCACAAACUAACCCAAGGAAUCCUCUGUGUUUUUCCUGGGUAGGGAAGAGGACAACUUGGUGUCUUUGAAAGCAGUAUGGCUUCUUCAGUGGGUCUCCCUCUUGUAAGAUAAGGUGAAAUAAUUAAUUUGUGUCAAAUCGAUGUUAAAACCUUUUUUCUGCAUUGUAAUAUUAUCAGUCCUGUGUGUCAGUUGAGUUUGAAAUUUGUAAUGAAUUUCACAGUGACCUAGAGCUGAGGUGCUUCCGGUUGUGGCAACAGGAGCCACAACUUUCUUUCUCUCUUUUUGGCAUUGCAGAUGUUAUCCUUAAAAGUUCUGGGCGGUGUCUUUGACAGCAGGACUCUCACUCCUGCAUUGGUUGAUCACAUAACACUGUCAGCAUUUGGGUUAUCUGAUGUAUCAUUGUUGUUGUUUUGUUGUUGAUGUUUCCGUUGAAAUUUCAGCUACAUGUUUGUGCACAUGUUUGUGCGCAUGUGUUUACCAAAGAUCUAAGGCAUUUGGUAAGUUAGCCCAAAUACCAUGAGCUGUGUGAAAAGUAAUAGGGAAAAGCUUUAGGAUGUCAAUAGCAUCAACUGUGUAAAUUAAAUCAGAAUAGUCCUCCCUAUUAUUUGUGAACCCCUGGGAGACUUUAAACUCUAGUAGAUGGAUGCUAAAUGCCCAGACCCACUUAACUUAUUAAUGUAUGAAUUACAUUUAUGUUUUUAGUUUAUAUGCAGAGAAUUGUGAUAAUUUUAUAAUAAAUAUUUUUAUUAUAAUGGUAA